CCCCGGAGGCGGCGCGAGUGCGGCCGGAGCGGGAAGGGCGACCUGGCCAGGAAGAAGAUUUACCCCACGAUCUGGUGGCUGUUCCGGGACGGGCUCCUCCCCGAUGCCACGCGCGUUGUCGGCUUCGCCCGCUCGCCCCUCACCGUGGAGCUCAUCCGGGAGCAGACCCUGCCCUACCUCAAGGUGACCUCUGAGGAUGGGCCCCGCCUGGCUGAAUUCCUGUCCCUGCAGAGCUUCGUGCGGGGUCAGUACGGGGAUGAGGCCUCGUUCCGGGCGCUGGACGCUCACCUGCGGGGGCUGCCCGGGGGAGACCGCGCCCACCGGCUCUUCUACCUGGCUCUGCCCCCCAGCGUGUACACACCUGUGACGCAGCACCUGAGGGCUCUGUGCAUGGGGCAGGGGUGGAACCGUGUGAUUGUGGAGAAGCCAUUCGGGCGGGACCUGGGCUCGUCGGAGGAGCUGUCGGCACACCUGAGCUCGCUGUUCUGCGAGGAGCAGAUCUACCGCAUGGACCACUACCUGGGCAAGGAGAUGGUGCAGAGCCUCAUGGUGCUGCGGUUUGGCAACCGCAUCUUCGGGCCCAUCUGGAACCGUGACAACAUCGCCUGCGUGGUGCUCACCUUCAAGGAGCCCUUUGGCACCGAGGGCCGUGGCGGCUACUUUGAUGACUUUGGCAUCAUCCGGGACGUGAUGCAGAACCACCUUCUGCAGCUGCUCUGCCUCGUGGCCAUGGAGAAGCCGGCGUCCACCAACCCUGAUGACGUCCGUGAUGAGAAGGUGAAGGUGCUCAAGUGCAUCAGCCCGGUGGAGCUGCAGGACGUGGUACUGGGCCAGUACGUGGGCAACCCCGAGGGCCCCCCUGAGGCACAGAAGGGCUACCUGGAUGAUCCCACGGUGCCCCCCGGCUCCACCACGCCUACCUUCGCCACCGCUGUGCUGCGCGUGGCCAACGAACGCUGGGAUGGUGUCCCGUUCGUGCUGCGCUGCGGGAAGGCGCUGAACGAGCGCAAGGCCGAGGUGCGGCUGCAGUUCCGGGAGGUGCCCGGGGACAUCUUUGCACGGCAGUGCAAGCGCAACGAGCUGGUGGUGCGGGUGCAGCCGUGCGAGGCCGUCUACGCCAAACUCAACACCAAGAAACCGGGCAUGUAUCUGCGGCCCGAGGAGUCCGAGCUCGAUCUCACCUAUGGCAGCCGCUACAAGGACGUGAAGCUGCCGGACGCCUACGAGCGGCUGCUGCUGGACGUCAUCUGUGGGAACCAAAUGCACUUUGUGCGCAGUGACGAGCUGCGCGAGGCCUGGCGCAUCUUCACCCCCCUCCUGCACCAGAUCGAGCAGCGCCGCGAGCCCCCCAUCCCCUACCCCUAUGGCAGGGGCCCCCCC